AUGUCUCCCAUUCAGGCCCCCGUCGAGAGCAACUCCGCCCCCCAAUCAUUGCAAACCCAGGACGGCAGCCGACAACCAGCCCAUUCCCCUUCGACCAUGCCCCCUCCAAAACCCAUCCGCGAAGGUCACCCGAACCCGCAGUCCAUGACCAACCACGAAGCUAGCAGAGCCGGGUGCUUGCCCAGCAGUGGCUCUCAAUCUGCCCCAUGGACACCCGCACCAACUACGUCAGAUGUGCACAACCGUCAGAGCCGUUCCAACUCUGAGUGUAGCAUGUAUUCCACCUCUUCGUCACUGGCAUCGCCGCGCCAUCAAUCGGGCAGGUUUCAAUAUGAAGAGGUGAUGAACCGCUAUUUCACGGUCAAUCCCGAAGAGAGCCCGCUGGCAUACGCAGCCAGAGAUGCAAUCGCUCAUGGUGUUGUCCAAAUUGGGGAGAAUAUGUUUGCCAGAAAGUGUGAGGAGGAGGGUUGGUGUGUGUCGAACCGGAACGGAAGUGAUAGUUCAAGGACUUUGGGAAGGUCUGAGGAGGAGAAGAACUAG